AUGGCCAAGCAACCUAACCAGCUCAUGCGCGAGUACAAGCUCGUCGUCGUCGGUGGAGGAGGUGUCGGUAAAUCCGCAUUGACUAUCCAGUUCAUUCAGUCACACUUUGUCGAUGAAUACGACCCAACAAUCGAAGAUUCCUACCGCAAGCAGUGUGUGAUCGACGAAGAAGUCGCUCUUUUGGAUGUGCUUGAUACUGCUGGCCAGGAAGAGUACAGUGCCAUGCGUGAGCAAUAUAUGCGCACUGGCGAAGGUUUCUUGCUUGUCUACUCGAUCACCUCGCGCAACUCGUUCGAGGAGAUCUCAACCUUUUACCAGCAGAUCCUCCGCGUCAAGGACAAGGAUGAAUUCCCCAUCAUCCUUGUCGCCAACAAGUGCGAUCUCGAGCACGAACGCCAGGUCUCCACCCAUGAGGGACGCGAAUUGGCUAAGCAGUUUGGAUCGAGAUUGAUUGAGACAUCCGCAAAGCAGAGGAUCAAUGUGGACGAGGCGUUUUACAACCUUGUACGAGAGAUCCGCCGCUUCAACAAGGAGACGCACAGCAGUAUGCCCCAGGGUGGCGCCUAUGGAUACUCGCAACAGGGACAGGGCUAUGGCAACCAAAAGUCUGAUAGCGACGACAAGGGCUGCUGCUGCAUCAUCAUGUAG